CGGGCCGCAAGGUGCGCCGGGCCUUCCCCGCCUGACCGCCGGGCCGAGGAGCGCAGAGCUUCCCGUCCCCGUGCCUCCCGCGGGUCUGCUGCGCCCCAGGCUGACCGGGCCCGGGCGCCCCCCUGCCCACCAGGGUCAGCGCUGGGCAGGGAGCGUGCACAGCCCCGCCGCCCGACGCGCCCGGCCUCCCCUCUGCCCCGUCCCUCCCAGGACCGAAGAAACAGCGCCAAGGACGGCCCUGGGCAAACGCCCAACGUCCCCAGCAGAGAGGCCGGUGUGACCUGGGCAGCAGUCAUGGAGAACAAACUGGACCUCUCCAAGCUCACAGACGAGGAGGCCCAGCACGUGUGGCAGGUGGUGCAGCGGGACUUCGCCCUCCGGACGCGGGAAGAGGAGAGGCUGGCCCAGCUGAAGGGUAAGAUUAAGAAGGAAAGCUCCAAGCGGGAGCUGCUCUCUGACACGGCCCACCUGAAUGAGACCCACUGUGCCCGCUGCCUGCAGCCCUUCCGGCUCCUGGUGAACAGCAAGAGGCAGUGCCUGGACUGCGGCCUCUUCACCUGCAAAUGCUGCAGCCACGCCCACCCGGAGGCACAGGGCUGGCUGUGCGACCCCUGCCACCUGGCCAGGGUGGUGAAGAUCGGCUCUCUGGAGUGGUACCACCAGCACGUGAGAGCCCGCUUCAGGCGCUUCGGGAGCGCCAAGGUGGUGCGGUCGCUGUGUAGACGGCUGCAGGGCAGAGGUGCUCCUGAGCUCAGCUCUGGAGAGAAGAGUGGAGACAGCGAGCCGACAGAUGAGGAUGGAGAGCUGGACACAGGGGUCCAGGCCCUACCCCUUGGCAGCAAAAAGAGACGCCUUCUCUCCUUCCACGAUGCAGACUUCGAGGAGGACUCGGACAACUCCAUGGAGGCCUGCAGUCACCCCCUGUGCCUGUCCUCGGUGUUGGGGGCCACGAACAGCCUGCAGGACAGAGGCUGUGCCCGGCCUGCGGGAGACACUGGGCAGGCAGUGAAGGAGCCAGGACAAGGCCUGGAAACAGCAUCCAGCUUCACAGUGCCUCUCAUCUCCACUCCCAGCAUCCCCUGGGCUCAGGCAGUGCCAGCCAGAGCUGGGAUGGACUGGGUUGGCCCAUGGCCUGCAGCCCCCUGGUGGGAGGAGGACUCAAGGUCCCUCCCAGGUGACCUCUGCUCAGCGGAUGCUGCUUUUCAGGAGCCUGAGAUCCUACAAGAGGAGGACGCCAGGGCCUCCGGGUGCCACCCCCGGCCAUUUGAGUGGCCAGACAGCCUGUUGCCCUCAGGACAGGACGCCCUUGAGGAGCUCUGCCUGCCUGCAGACCUGGACAAGGCCCUGGGGACUGCCGCAGUGGCUGGGACAAGUGUCCACCAGCUCCCUGCGCAGUACCUGGCCAACGUGGACACCUCCGAUGAGGACAGCAUCCGGGCGCCCAGGGCGACCUCCCAGCAUCCUGAGCAGAGGGGCCGGGCUGCACGCGUCAGCCAGCCCCCCACCCACGCUGGCGCACACACAGAGGCCGACCUGGAGGAAGAGAGCCUGAGGAGGAAGCUGCAGGCACUGACCAGCAGCCUCAGCGAUGAAGGCUCCUCGUCCGAAGAGGAGGUGGCCAGGGACACAGCAGCUCGGGCGACCACAGAGGUGUGCACAGCUGCAGGCCACAUGGACGCCUGGGACAGCAGCCCUCCGGCCCCCGGGGUCCGCCCCGUGCCCAGCAGGACCACGGAUGAGGCGCUGUCGGAGCUGGAGGGCAGAGUAGCCACAUCAGCCUCCAAGGUGCAGCAGGCGGAGAGUGAGGUUUCUGACAUCGAGUCCAGGAUUGCAGCCCUCAGAGCUGCAGGGCUCACGGUGAAGCCCUCGGCAAGGCCUCGGAGGAAGUCAAACCUCCCGAUCUUCCUUCCUCGAGUGCUGGGGACUCUUGGCAGGAGUGUGGAGGAUCAGAAUGCAGACCCUGCGGAGGAGGGCAAGGUGUGCGCUGUCCCACCCACCACCAGAGGCCAGGCCAGGAGAAGGGUGACUUUGGAAGCAGCAGCCGAGCCCUGUCUUCCGAGGAGAAAGUACUCCCCCAAAGCUGACGAAACCCGUGAUGGCCCAGCAGCCCUAAGAGGACGCUUGGGACCAGGACAGAGAGGACGCUUGGGACCAGGACAGAGGCACUGGGAGCCCUGCACUGCACCCACCGCACAGCCUCCUGUCCUUCCAGGAGCCACACUUCCUGCCACGCGCAGUCUCCUCCCCAGAGAGAAACCAGAAGACGCCUGUCCGUAUGACCUCCGGCUGCAGAUGCCAGCACCUCAGACUCCAGCUGUUUUCAAGGUGCCAGGGCCACCUGCCCAGCUCUGAGCCCUGCAGGAGCUGAGCUGAGGUGCCCUCCAUGGGGUGGCGCCAUCUCAGGGUGUGGAAGGACACGGGUGACCUCAUCACUGAUCUCCUGGCCUUCCUUGUCUGGCUGUGCUGUGUGGAGCAGCGACUGAGCUCCUGUCCAUGUUAGGUCUGUGAAGCAGGACACCAGACAUCGAGGCAGGUGACUGCCCGCAGGAUCUGCUGGCUGAGGAGCAGACGCUCACCUGCCCCGCCUGCCCCCUCUGCAGGCUCCCUUGACCCACAGGCAGGGACAGCUGCACCACCAACACCCCAUGGUCCUUCCCCCACCCCAGGAGUGCCACCCUGGCCCGAGCCUUCACAACACCGUCUGACCGUGGCCUGUGGCCUGCACUUUCUAGAUGACUCAUACUCAGAAAUAAACUCUGCCAAUUCACAGAGAUGAGUGCUUUCAAAUGUUCACAAGAGUUGGGUUUCACACACCAUUUCUAACAGAAAGGGCUCUGCUUCAGACUCAUUUCCUCCAGAAGGAGAACGAGGGGGGGACAUCUUGUCAGCUCGCUCAGGCCCAUUCCUGGGGCGCUGUGCCAGUGUCCUGUGGCCAUGAGCUGCGUAGAACACAACCACAGAAUGUGUCCCCCCGAGUUUAAGGCCCGGAGGUCAGAAUCCAAGGGUCAGGAAGGUUGGCUACAUCUGAAGUUUCCAAGUGCCUUGGGCUCCAGCUGUUCCGGCCUCUUCCAGCCCUGGCACUGCCCUCCGUCCCUGGUGCCCCGACUCUGCCUCCUUGGGCCCCACCUGUCCGUGAAGCUCUGACCGAGCAAAGCCAGACCAAGAGCUCGCUCCCCACCCUGAGACCUGUGACCCCCCGGGGCAGAGGUGUGGGAAGAGCUCCCCAACCUCAGUCUGCAGCUGAAGUCCUGCAGGGUCCCCUUCUCUGAGCACACCAAAGCCAGUGCAGCCGGGGUGCCCAGCCAGGCCUGCAGCCCUGCCCUGGGGGGUGACAGCCCUUUGCCUUCUACCACCGGCACCCAGCACCUCCAGCCGUCCAGGGGCCCCAGGACCUCAGGCUCUCUAGGGGAUGAGGGGACAGGACUGAUACCAAGACCCCAUGCCACCUCCCUCCAACGGGCCCCACGGUGGCAAGGUGCCCAGGCCACACUGCGAUGAAGCUGCUCCACCUAUACACACUCACACUUAUGCCCUCACACGCAUGCACACUCAUGCUCUCACGUGGCAGAGUGCAGGACCGAAGGCUCCUGCUCCCAGGUCUCAGCACCCACUGUCCAGGAGGCCCUGGAGCUGGGCACCCUCCAGCGGGCACUGCCCAGCAGACCGGAACUCAGGGAACUCAUGUGAGGUGCAGCCCAGCCCCGGGGGAUGUUGAAUCGCCCCCGUUCCACACACACCUGGGGCCCCACCGGCUGCAGCCGCCCCUCUCCAGGGACAGGCGGCCCUGCCUGCAAACGGCUCUGGUGGGCAGUGGGUUGCUCAGAGCUCUCCCCCCAAGUCCGGCCCACCCAGGAAGCACGUCCAGGAGAAGCAGCCUGCGGGUCUCCUCUGCAGCUCAGUUCCCUCGGAGGACUGCAUUGGGCUGCACCUAGAUGCCCCUUGGCACGGUCUCUGAGUCUUCAGAUGGGAGCGAUGUGGGUUCUUAGUGCCGCCUAAAUGGUAAAAUAUUGUGCAGUUAUUUGAAACAGUACAACUCUGUAGAUGUUUCAGAGCCAGAGGCUGUGGCUAGCGAAAGAAUCUGAGACCUGUACAAGAGACUGUAUCUACCAGGGCGCUCCACAAUAUCCAUGCUGCUUCUCUGUCAUUUUCACAUGCCCUGAAAUUUUCCCCAAUGUACAU